AUGGCCUUCGCCGCUUCCCUCCGGGGACCUCGACGAUGGCUGGCCGCCGCGGUCCUAGCUCUUGGCCCUCUGGCAGCCGCGGCAGACAAGUCGGCCGCUCAGUACUACGUCCAUAACCUCCCCGGUAUCCCUGAGGACCAGGCACCGGUGAAGAUGCAUGCCGGACAUAUCGAAAUCAAUCCCGACAGCAACGGUAAUCUCUUCUUCUGGCAUUUCCAGAAUAAGCACAUUGCAAAUAAACAGAGAACGGUUAUUUGGGUCAAUGGCGGACCGGGCUGCAGCUCCGAAGACGGCGCACUGAUGGAAAUCGGCCCGUACCGUGUCAAGGACAAGAAUACGCUCGUUGUCAAUAACGGAUCAUGGAAUGAAUUUGCGAAUCUCCUCUUUGUCGAUAACCCUGUCGGAACCGGGUUCAGUUACACCAAUACCGAUAGCUACGUACACGAACUCACGGAAAUGGCGAGCCAGUUUGUCCAGUUUCUGGAGAAAUUCUUUGCCAUCUUCCCCGAGUACAGCCACGAUGAUAUUUAUAUAGCUGGAGAGUCUUAUGCUGGACAACAUAUCCCCCACAUUGCGCGAGCAAUACUCGACCGAAACAAGGAGAGGCCCGACAAAUGGAGCUUGCAAGGCAUCUUGCUCGGAAACCCAUGGAUGUCUCCCAACGAGCAGUACGACUCGUAUCUAAAAUACGCAUUCCAGAAAGGCCUGGUCGACAAGGACUCGGACGCCGGAAAACAGCUCAAGGGCAUGGAGCGCAACUGCCACACCAUGAUGGCAAGCGACCCUGGCAAGGUGAGCUACCCCGAGUGCGAAGAGAUCCUGACGGAGCUCCUUCUCGCGAGCAGAACAAAGGGCGCCGGCGAUCAGGAAUGCAUCAACAUGUACGACGUCCGUCUCAAAGACUCGUACCCCAGCUGCGGAAUGAACUGGCCUCCGGAUCUGAGCGCCGUCACCCCCUUCUUGCGGCGCGACGACGUUGUCAGCGCGUUGAACAUCAACUCUGAGAAAAAGACUGGAUGGCAAGAGUGCAACGGUGGCGUUGGCGUCGCUUUCCGUCCUCAGACCUCGAAGCCCUCUGUCGAGCUCAUGCCUGAGCUCCUGUCGGAGAUUCCCGUGUUGAUUUUCUCCGGCGCUGAAGAUCUCAUCUGCAACCAUAUUGGCACCGAGGACCUGAUUGAAAACCUGGACUGGAACGGCGGCAAGGGCUUCGAAGUAACACCCGGCAACUGGGCUCCUCGUCGAAACUGGACCUUUGAAGGCAAGGAUGCUGGCUUCUGGCAGAGCGCCCGCAACCUCACCUACGUUGUCUUCGCCGACGCCUCGCACAUGGUCCCAUUCGACUACCCGCGUCGCUCGCGCGACAUGCUGGACCGGUUCAUGGGCGUCGACAUUAGCAGCAUCGGCGGAGCCCCCACCGACAGCCGCAUCGAUGGCGAAAAGGGCCUCGAGACCACCGUCGGUGGCUCUGCGAACCCCAAGGAGAGCGAGGAGGCUGUCAGGCAGAAGCUCAAAGAGGCCAAGUGGGCCGCAUACCAGCGCUCCGGCGAGGUCGCGCUCGUAUUUGUCAUACUCGGCGCGCUGGGCUUCAUCUUCUUUGUCUGGCGCCAGCGGCGCAAGGGCGCCGCUUACAGCGCUCUCCGCUCCGAGGAGCCGGUGGGCUCCCGCCGUCACGCCGCCGGCGGCGACAUUGAGGCGCAGGAAGAGGGUAUCGGCCUACAGAGCAACACCCUACCUACUAACAAAUACUCGGUGGGCGAGGACAGCGAUGAGGAGAACGCGAGACCAGCGAAGGACGGCAAUAACGGUAAGCAGGCAAGCAGACCUCGCGAUGAGAAUUAA